AUGAGCAAACCAUCGCAUAGUCCAAAUGAAUUGAUUGAAUUUGAAAACCACAAUCGAAAUUCCUCCUUCGGAAAGAAGUUAUUGUCAACGGUUCCAAAUGUUCCUGCCUUUGGCUUUGGAACUUCUAGUAGACAUUAGGCAUAACAAGUAUACAGAGAAAAUAGACUGAUGGAGAAAGGUAAGCAUAGCCCAGGUCCAAUCUAUAAUCCCACAAAAAAUUUUGAUUAAUAAGCAGCUAGAGCUCCUAGUGCAGGAAUGGGAACAUCUACAAGAUAGAGUUUAAACUCAAAUCAUUAUGAUCAUUAUAAAAGAAAAGAUGUCGAUUUUGAACCUUAAAAAGCUGAGCAUCUUAGAAAAUGGUCUGCAGGAACAGUUAGAAUUGGGUAAGAACAGCGAUUCCUAUAGAAAGAACUGACAAAGACCCCAGGCCCCAAUUAUGAUGUAAACUAGAGAAUUCAAGGCCCUAAAUAUACUAUGGGUAAUAGAAGAGCUCAUUCUGUUUCUUUUUCGACUCCAAGUAAGGUUGGACCUGGAACUUACAAACCAAAAAAAGAUUUUUCAACAGAAUUGCAAGAACAACCUAAAUAUUCAUUUACUAAAGCUCCAAAAAUACCUUAACAAAAGAAUAUAGAUAAAAAUUAGACAUAUUACGUGCAAGACAGUAUUGGAGCUCAAGUGGCAUCUACUAAACCAAAUAAACCAUCUUUUAGUUUUGGCAAAGGAAUUAGAGAAGCUAAAUUAGCUAUGUACAAAAACGAUUUUGUAAAGAUUGGGGUUAAUAUAAAGAUCCCACAUCCAAAGUUUUGA